AUGGAUGAAGCACAGCCGGAGAAAAUUGGUAUGUCGAACCGUUCAUCUCCAAGACCGUCUGAAAGGCGCCAGGGAGCCGUCGUGAGGAGAUGUUUCAGAGUUCAUACAAGAAAACGACAAAACUUGAGCAAAGAAAACCACAGGAAUAAGCUGAUGGCGGGUGUGGGCCAGACAUCGAGCCAUGCCCAUGGUGGAGAAGACGGAGACUGGAUGGAACUUGACAGUGUGGCAGUCGAGAUUUUAAAAGCCGCAAAUGUUGAUGCAGACGUCCUACAAACCUUAACGAGAGAAGAUUUAAAGGACCUCUUUCCUGGGCCGGAACACUUUCGAAGAAGAAAAGCCAUUUGGGACCUGGCCCACCCUGUGGAGCAGGCAACAGAAGAAAGUGGGACUGACUGCCUGCAAUACCCCACAAAAGAGGGGCUGCAGGCCAUGGCCAGACGAAUCAUGGACUACUAUCCAAUGGUCGCUGACUGGGCAGACACCAGCUGUCCAUGGUCCGAUAUCUUCAAGAAGCUCAACAAGAGACUACAAAACAUCAAGUCUCCACGAAAAUGGCAAGGAGCUACACCAUCGAGAGGCAAUGGGAAAAGAAGACGCCUUUCUUUUGAGAAUACUACUGGCAAGGAACUCACAGACGAGGGAGAAGAGCCGGUCGUGGACUUGAGCCCCUGCCCCCUCCUUCUCCCACUCCUGCCCCUUCCUUCCCCCACUCCUGCCCCCUCCUCCUCCCACUCCUGCCCCUCCUUCUCCCACUCCUGCCCCCUCCUCCUCCCACUCCUGCCCCUCCUUCUCCCACUCCUGCCCCCUCCUCCUCCCACUCCUGCCCCCUCCUCCUCCCACUCCUGCCCCUCCUUCUCCCACUCCUGCCCCCUCCUUCUCCCACUCCUGCCCCCUCCUUCUCCCACUCCUGCCCCUGUCUUCUCCCCCUCCUGCCCCCUCCUGCAGACUGCUUCAAUCUAA